AUGGGUUCAGAUCCAUCGGUACAAAUUGAAACAUUAGCAAAAAAGAAAUUAAUUGACUGUAAUGCAAUAUCAAUGGGACAAGGACAAGAAGUUCAUGCACGACGAUUAUUAGCACAAGCUUAUAUAAAUGGUACAUGGGUAUUAUUACAAAAUUGUCAUUUAUCAUUAGAAUUUUGUGAAGAAUUUUUAUUACAAUUAACUGAAAAUACUGAUCGUAUACAUCCUGAUUUUCGUCUUUGGAUAACAACAGAAGUGCAUCCGAAAUUUCCUAUUGGUCUACUACAAAUUUCAAUAAAAUAUACAGCUGAACCACCACAAGGUAUAAAAGCAGGUUUAAAACGAACAUUUGCUGGUUUAACACAAGAACAACAAUUAGAAACAAAUACACAAGAAAAAUGGCGACCAUUAUUAUAUACAGUUGCAUUUUUACAUACAAUUGUACAAGAAAGAAGAAAAUUUGGUCCACUUGGAUGGAAUAUACCAUAUGAAUUUAAUCAAUCUGAUUUUAAUGCAACUGUUCAAUUUAUUCAAAAUUACCUCGAUGAAAUGGAAGUAUCAAAACCAAUACAAUGGAAAACUAUACAUUACAUGAUUUCCGAAGUACAAUAUGGAGGACGUGUAACCGAUGAUUUUGAUAAACGUCUUCUUAAAACAUAUGUUCAAUGUUGGUUUCGUGAUGAAAUGUUUGAUCCAAAUUUUCAAUUUGAAGAAAAAACUUAUCGUAUACCAAAAAUAACACAUAUGGAUGACAUUUUCAAUUAUAUAGAUACAAUACCAAAUUAUGAUAGUGGAAAAGUAUUUGGAUUAAGCCCAUUAGCCAAUGACAGAUAUCAAGAAGAUACAACUAGGAGAGUUCUCGAUACAAUUUUAAGUAUUCAACCAAAAGAAGCUCGUGGUGGUGCAGGUGAAACACGUGAAGCUGUUAUUUAUCGUUUAGCAACAGAAGCCUUAGAAAAAUUACCACCGGAUUAUAUUGCUCAUGAAGUCAAAGAACGUCUUUCAAAGCUUGAACCAAUGAAUAUUUUUCUUCGACAAGAAAUUGAUCGUUUUCAACGUGUAAUUAGUGUUGUACGACAUACAUUAAUUGAUUUAAAACUAGCUAUUGAUGGUACAAUUGUUAUGAAUGAAGAAUUACGUGAUGCACUUGAUCGAAUGUAUGAUGCUAAAAUUCCAAAUGUUUGGUUAAGAUACUCAUGGGAAUCAUCAACAUUAGGUGCUUGGUUUAGUGAUUUAUAUGCACGAAAUGAACAAUAUCGUUCAUGGUUAAAACUUGAUAAAGAUACAAAACCACUUGCUUAUUGGAUGACAGGAUUUUUUAAUCCACAAGGAUUUUUAACAGCUAUGAGACAAGAAAUAACAAGAGCGAAUCCAGGUUGGUCACUUGAUAAUGUUAUCUUAACAAAUAAAAUCACACGAUUUGAUCGUGAAAGUAUAAAAGAACCACCAAAGGACGGUGGUGUUUAUGUAUAUGGUAUUUAUAUUGAAGGAGCAAAAAUAAGAAACGGUGUCUUGGAUGAAUUAAAAGCAAAUGAAAAAGUAUUAACACAUCCAAUGCCUGUGAUACACAUAUCAGCUGAAGCUGAUUUUGGUACAAGUGGAUCACCUACAAAACAAGAUCGUCGUCCAACUUAUUAUGCACCUGUUUAUAAAAAACCACGUCGAACUGAUAGAAAUUAUGUAUGUACACUUAAAUUAGAAUGUCCACCUGGUGAUAAAACAGGACCCAAUGUAUGGACAUUACGUGGUGUUGCACUUCUUUGUGAUAUUAAAUAG